AUCGUCAACCAGUGCAUCGGAUCAAAUCCUGCCGUUCAAGCAGUAGGCCGACAUGUCGACGGACAUUUUUGCCUGGCUAGACGAGAUUCCCAAAGAUCUCACAGACCCUAUUUCAAAAAGAGCGCAUCCGUUGGGCAAGCGGCGUCGCCUCAACUUUACACCACCAGAAUCAGCCAACAAUGACAUCAUCAUGUCUCAUGAAGGUGGUGAGAGUCCAGAUAUGCGCCCCAAAGCCAUCGAUGAUGAAACAUCCCAGGUCCCUUACACGCGAAUAACGCACGGAUCAGAGGCUGGGUACUCACUGUCAGGACAGUCACGACAGUCGUCAGAACGAUGGGGACGACUUUCGCCGCAGAAACAUUUGCAAAUACUCAGACUCAGCCCUCAUGGCAUAAAAUUUCGAGAUCUAACUUACUUUGAGGACAAGCCGCAUAGCCUAGAAGUGCUGCUUGAAGUGGUAGACGUCGUCAUGGAAGGAAGAGGCAUCAUUUCGUCAUCAGCUCGAGAGGAACUUGAACUUGCUGCACAGUCACACACAGACUUCAAAUGGGUUUUGAGAAGCAGCGAAUACUUCUCUGAAACCCGUGACAAUGUCGGUCAUACCCCAUCUCUAGAAGACGUGCUCAGUGUUGUGGCUGCGGCAGCUGAGUGCAGCACAUAUGGGCACCCAGAAGCAAACUGGAAUCUUGAGGUCCAUCAGCCGGUUCUCAAGUUGGCGUUUCGACCACCAUAUCAGGCGCCGUUCAAUCAUCUCGUCAACUUUACGGGCAGCACUACAGCAGCCAUCACUCCGACAUACGGCAAACCAUCUACUUCGAAAAACGUCGACUUUUGUAUCUAUAUCGACCCAGAAAAUGAUGAAUUUCUGACUCAACGAGCCAUUCUGACAUUUCGCGACACUCUACCUGAUAGAAUAUUGAAUUUCACGGACUUUCCCCCCCUCGAGAAGAAACUCAUUGCCUUCAGCAUCGAGACUGUGAAGCCGAGCGAGGGCUUUGAUAGCGCCAAGUUGCAACUUGGUAUUUGGCAGAUGGCUCACUGGAGUUUCUUGCGAUGUCUGGCUGAGAGACUGACAGCCGAGGCUCAGGCGGAGGCAGAAGGGGGAGAGAAGACUGAUGGCCCAACCAAAUUGCCCCCGUUUAUUCCUGGCAUAAUAAUUCAAGGCCACGAGUGGUAUCUCAACUUCACUACUUUGGAGGGAGAGCAGACGUUGUUCUGGCAAAAAGUAGCAAUUGGGGGCACAUCUAGUGCCAGAGGGGUCUACCAGAUCGUUCACAUUCUGCAGGUCCUACGCCAGUGGGUCAAGGAUGAGUACUGGCCGUGGCUUCGGGACGUUAUUCUCCGAGGUUGACGAUUAUGAAAUUGAAUGGUACUGCCAGAUAGGGUCAUUGUCUACAAACAGCAGGUCUUUGCUGACAGACGGCACAUGCGUGUUCGAUUCGCUAUCUUUGAGGCUUAGCCAUAAGGCAGGUAGUGAGGCAGUUAGCUACUAGUAACAGUGUUAGGAGGGCGUGUCAUGGCAAACUAUUAGGCAGAUAUGUACUGCAUGGGACACACUGGUUGCAGUCGCGUCAAUUAGUCUUCGCGCACACUUUAGUGGGUAGUUUUGCGUCAGCUGAGCUAUCUCUUGCCAUAUUAUUACUACCCCAACUUCAUUGUAAAAUGAACUAUUUAGCACACAUCAC